AUGGAUUCGAUAAGCGAAUUGCCGGAUGAGAUUCUUGGAAAGAUACUGUCUUCACUUCCGACAAAGGUGGCUGCUUCGACAUCGAUUCUGUCCAAGAGGUGGAGGAAUCUGCUGAGUCUUGUAGACACCCUUUGUUUCGAUGACUCGAUGGUUGUUUCGUAUCCCAAGGAAGAAGAAGCAACAAGCCGCUUCUUAGAAUUCGUAGACAAAAUAUGUGCUCUGCUAAGCAAUUCUCCCACCAUCAAGAAACUCUCUCUUUGUCAUGUACCGGUUAGACCUGGCCCUUACGAUGUCUCCUAUUUUGUGUAUUCUUGUCUCAAAUGUUGGGUUCAAACUGCAUUGGAAUGCGGUUUGUUGGAGCUACACUUGCACGCCAUCCCCAUUACUAGUGUUUAUAUGGAAACAAAGUUGUUAACGAGCAACACACUGGUCAAGCUCACACUAUGCCAUAGAUUUAUUCUUGCAGCCGAGGAUGUGUUUUUCCCAGCGCUCAAAUCACUCUCUCUCUUAUCAGUUGAUUUUGGUUAUGACAAGUAUUGCCAGCUCCUCGAUGGCUGCCCUGUCCUGGAAGAACUAUUCGUAACUGAUGAUGAUUCGUACCAGCAUUGGCCUUGUUGCGGUGCGUACGUGGAAAGUGCAUCCAUCAAGCGGCUUGUGGCCUUUGUCCAUCUUCCGGAUGCUCGAGAGCAUUACGACUGCAUGCUUUUCGAUGCACCUAGUCUUGUGUACCUUGACUAUUCCACUCACGUCUUUGGAAAUCAUGAGUUUCGCGGUUUGGAUUUGCUUGUCGAAGCCAGGCUGAACCUCAAGUUAUGGGUAUCAACUAACGAUUACGAUUAUUCUGAUGAUGAUUGUGAUGAUGAUGAUGAUUAUUUCGUUAAACCAAAGCCGGAUAUAUUUGGCGAUGUUACAGGUCUAGUUGAGGGCAUAAGCAACAUUACCACCCUUCACCUCUCUCCUGAUUCCCUUGAGGCGUUUCAUUUCUGUUGUAAAUCCAUGCCGGUGUUCAACAACCUCCUUAAUUUAUCUAUCGAGAGCCACAAGGAAAAAGGUUGGCAAGUAAUGCCACUUUUGCUCAAGAGUUGUCCCAAUCUACACACUUUGGUCAUCAAGGGUCUUGUCCACAGAGUAACAAAUAGAUGUGGAGAUGCAUGCGCUUGCAUCCCUAAGAAGCAAAGGAAAUUUGUGAAUGAGGAAGAGGAGUUAUGUUGUUUAUGGACAUGUCAAGUGAAGAUGCUAAAGAUUUCAGAGUAUGGAGGUUCUUUUCAAGAGCUGAAACAGAUGAGACAUUUCUUGGGCAAGUUGGAAUGUCUUGAAACCGUGAAAGUUGGUGUUGAAGCAGAUAAGAGCAGUAUGUUCUUGCGAGCUAAUCUGCUAGCUCUUCCCAGGCUUUCAUCAGAGUGCAAGAUCCAGUUCAUCUGA